AUGAGAUGCUUGAGAGACUUUAAUUUGGCUCUUUUAGAGAAGCAAUAUUGGCGUUUGUUGGUUAAUGUUGAUUCUUUGGUUAGUAGGCUUUAUGAGGCUAAAUAUUAUGCUACUGGUAAUCAGUUUUCUGCUGUAUUGGGAGACAAUCCUAGUUUCAUUUGGUGUAGCAUUCUUGAAGCAAAAGAUCUUAUCCACGCCUGUGCUCAAAGAACAAUUGCUGAUGGGGAAAAUGUCUCCAUUCUUAAUGAUCCUUGGCUUCCACAUAAUUCAAACAACUAUGUUGUCUCACGACACCCUGCUCUUGUGAAUAAGUCCGUCAGCUGCCUCUUUCAAGUAGGUACCCGCGCGUGGGAUGAGGAUGUUGUGAGGGACCUGUUUGUUGCCCGUGAUCAGGACCUUAUUUUGUCCAUUCAACUUAGUGAUUCGGCCGCUAAUGAUGGUUGGAGUUGGCGACUUGAGACUUGUGGGAAUUGUUCGCUUAAAACUGUUUCGGGUGUGCUUCCAACGUGUUUUCAACUCCAAAAACGUCAUGUUCCUGUCAAUGCUGACUGCCCUUUGUGCAACUCUAGUACUAAAACUAUUCAUCAUGCGUUGGUAGAAUGCUCAUUUGCAAAGGCUGCUUGGCAUCGCAGCAUAGUGGAUAUCGGGGCUGGGGCUGUAACAUUCUGCAGUUGGUAG